CUCCGCCUAGCCAGCGAGCUGUCAUCGCGGAGCCGGAGACGCUCGUCCAGUCCCGAGGCCGACGCAGCCCUCCGGCAUGGCCCCUGCAGCGGCAUCAGGGGGCAGCUCCCUGCCCAGUGGCUUCGCGGUCUUCACCACCUUCCCUGACCUGCUCUUCAUCCUCGAGUUUGUCUUCGGGGGCCUGGUGUGGAUCCUGAUCGCCUCGUCGCUGGUGCCCAUACCAUUGAUACAGGGAUGGGUGAUGUUCGUGUCUGUGUUCUGCUUCGUGGCCACCACAACCCUGCUCGUCCUGUACAUGAUUGGUGCCCACAGCGGAGAGGCCUCCUGGGUUUCCCUGGAUGCAGCCUACCACUGCACCGCCGCCCUGUUUUACCUCAGCGCCUCUGUCCUGGAAGCUCUGGCCACCAUCUACAUGUACGACGGCUUCACCUACAAGCAGUACCACGAAAACAUCUCUGCUGUGGUGUUUUCAUACGUAGCCACUCUGCUGUACGUGGUCCACGCCGUGUUUUCUUUAAUCCGAUGGAAGUCUUCAUAAAGCAGAGGAGGAAAAACUUUAGCUGAACAUCCAGACGGUGUUAAUUGAUCAGCCCGCCUUCCAGCAUAACUUUUUAGAAUACAGGCAUGCUCUCCAUGGAGGAAAAAAGAAAACAAACCAAAACAAAGGCAAUGUUCUUUUUCUUGUGGGUGUUAUGUUAACUGUCCCAUAGACCUUCAUGUCAGGGCUCAGGGCCAGCUACUUUUAACCUCCAAUGACAGCUGUCUUUCUCGGGUUAUUUCCUGUUUUUUUUUGGGGGGGUCAU